AUGGGCGAUGUGCUUCAGAUACGUCAACUGUAUGUUAACGAAACAGGGGCCUUAACGCCCUGGACAGGCGUACAGCACAAUGCCGCAGUCUUCGGUGUCAACCGUGCGCAAGAAACAGUCUAUAUCAAAGCAGAUGGCCUAUGUCCACCGGUAUCGCCCAUGCGCAUGUUCGCUAAUGUCAUCAUUCCACUGAAGUUCAACAUCCUCCAAAGCCGGCGAAAAGCUUUGGCACACCUCAGCUCCGAGCUGAGACUCGUCGGCUUCUCCCCACGGACAUAUGGCUACCCAUCCUCGAACGACAGGCUAAAUCAUUUUGGCGAAUCGCCUGGUGUCAAAUAUGCCACACUUAACGCCGACGCCACGAGAGUCGCAUCCCACGAUUCUCAUAACGAUUGGAGUCUCAGAAUCCUGUUUCCCGAUGAAACUCAUGGCGAAGUUCAAACUACACUGCGCAAAGUUCCCCAUCGCAAGCUUUUCGAUCGCGCUGUCAACUACGAACAAGCGCAUGCUGUCAACGACAUAUGUACUAACAUAUAUGGGACUGUGCCUUACUUGAUCAGUGGACCGCCAGGCACGGGAAAGACAAAGACGCUUGUGGAGACGGCAAUGCAACUGUUAAACACUACAGAUGUCGCACACAUGCUAAUAUGCGCUCCAUCAGAGGCAGCGGCGGAUACACUGGCACUCAGGCUCAAGGAAUAUCUCGCACGAAAGGAGCUAUUUCGACUUAACCGACCAGGAAGGGCCGAUAACGAGGUACCACGGGAGCUAUUGCAGUACUGCCAUAUCGAGAACGACAUGUUCUGUCUACCACCAUUCCGGGAGCUCAUGGCUUUCAACAUCGUAGUAACCUCUUGUCAAGACGCGGCGAUACUGGCAGACGCAAGAUUGACCAACAACGAUCUCUGGACUAUACAAAGGAAUAUGUCAUCAGCUUUCAACCCAGACGACCAAAUCCCCAAUCCGAAGCUACAUUGGAGCGCCUUACUUAUAGACGAGGCAGCUCAAGCUACUGAACUAGACGUUUUGCCUGCCAUUAGCGUUGUAUGCCCACCAUUCACGUAUCCGACCACGUCGACCCAACCACGCGUAGUGAUGGCAGGAGAUGAAAAGCAGCUGGGGCCACGAAUUGCAUCCCGUAACCUUCUCGUACGCAGGUCCUUGUUCGCCCGGCUUUUUCAACGACCGCUAUACGAGAACCACCCUCUCUCGCGCUCAAAGAUCAAGCCAUCAUCCGGCUCACCAGUACUGAAGCGAUCAAUGUUACCGAUCACAUACCCACCAUUCACAUUACUAGUCCGAAACUACCGUUCCCACCCUGCCAUCCUCAGCGUACCAAGCGCUCUCUUCUACAACAAUACCCUGAUCCCAGAGGCUCCUCUAUCAACCACCCCACUCCAACAAUCCGAUCUCUGGCGCGGCCGCAAGUGGCCCGUCCUCUUCAUCCCGCACACCGGCCUCGACGAAAUCGAACGUGACAACGGCGGCUGGUACAACAUCUCCGAAGCGCGCAUCGCCUGCAACAUCGUCCAAACCCUCCACCGCUAUUCCUCCGUCAAGCAAUCAGACAUAUGCAUCAUGUCGCCCUUCGCCGCGCAAGUCAAACUCCUGCGUUCAAUGAUCCGUUCAUCCGAGUAUGGCAGAGGCGCAGGACUGUGGGACGUCAACAUCGGUCCCUUGGAAGCUUUCCAAGGUCUCGAGAAACGGGUCGUUGUGCUAUGUACAACACGAGCACGGAAGAGGUUUUUGGCUAAAGACGAAAAGGCCGGCUUGGGUAUCGUGGGUGGAGGUAGGAAGAUGAAUGUCGCGCUCACGCGAGCAAAAGAAGCGCUGUUCGUUAUUGGUAACGUUGAGGUCUUGGAGCAAAAUCAGCAUUGGCGGCAGUGGUUGGCGUUUUGUUGGCGGAACGGGUUGGUUAGUGAUGAGAAGGGGGGUUGGGAUGGGGGUUCAUUGGGAGGCGAUGGAGACGAGGUUAAGAUUGGGGUUCUGGAGAAGGCGUUGAUUGCUAAGGAAGAGCAGGGGAAGCAGAGGGGGAAGGUGUUAGGUGCUGGGGCGGGGACGCAGGAUGUCGGCGAGUAUGAUGCUUGGGUUGAGAGUUUGAGGGAGACGCUUGGGGAGGGGGAUGAGGAGGAGGGAGAGGGACUGGGGGAGGAGGGUUAUGAGGAAGGCGAGGAGGGAGACGUUGUACAUGCUCAUGAUACUAUCGCUGGCGCUGAGGAAGGAGAGCUUGUGACGAGGACUGGCACUCUGGUGUCCAGCCUUGACAACGAUGCCUAG